ACGCCUCCCACCGUCCUACCGAAGUGGACUCCCUCUCCAAGAGCAGCUCAAUAAAAACGAGCCACCGACUCACCGACCAAAAGCCACACGACUGGGGCGCGCGAAACAGUCCCUCCCCCACCGCCCGCCUUGAAUCUUUCCCUCCGUUGGCCGUCCUCCCAAAUCCGCGCCAAAUCGGCCCAUCGCCAUGGGAGCCGCCUGCGACGACGCCGUCGAGCAGCUCGCCCGCUUGCUGGACCAAGUCGAGGAGCCGCUGAAGAAGACCUUCCAGGGAAAAUGCAUCUCCGGUCUCAAAGGAUAUAUCUGGGUGUAGAAGAAACAAAUACAUAUGAAUUUGAAUGUGCACCAGGGCUAUCCAAGAGAGACACUAGUGCGCUUCCUUAAAGCAAGAGAGUGGCAUGUAACAAAUGCUCAUAAAAUGCUUGUAGAUUGUUUGAAUUGGAGGAUACAAAAUGAAAUUGACAGUAUACUGGAGAAACCUAUAAUUCCAGUAGAUUUGUAUAGAUCGGUACGAGAAUCACAGCUUAUUGGAUUAUCCGGAUACUCAAAGGAGGGUGUCCCAGUAUUUGCCUUUGGUGUUGGACAGAGCACAUAUGACAAAGCUUCGGUCCAUUACUAUGUGCAGUCUCAUAUUCAGAUCAAUGAGUACCGUGAUCGUAUUAUUUUGCCUAUGGCUUCGAAGAAGUUUACACGGCCUAUUACCACAUGUAUAAAGGUUCUUGAUAUGACUGGUUUGAAGUUGUCAGCACUGAGCCUAUUGAAGAUUUUGACUGCAAUAUCUGCUGUUGAUGAUCUGAAUUAUCCUGAGAAGGCCGAGAGCUAUUAUAUUGUAAAUGCUCCAUAUAUAUUCUCAGCCUGUUGGAAGGUUGUGAAACCUCUUUUGCAAGAGAGAACAAGAAAGAAGGUUCAUGUUUUGCAUGGUUCUGGUAAAGAUGAGCUCCUAAAGAUUAUGGAGCAUUCCUCCAUCCCCCAUUUCUGUCGACGCGAGGGCUCAUCUAAAUCUUCAUUGAGCGGCGUCAAUGACUGCUUCUCGCUUGACCACCCUUUCCACCAAGAGCUCUACCGCUACAUUGAGCAGCAGGCACUGAACCAGGAACUCGUCAAGCAGUGUUCUUUGCAUGUAGACAUCCCUGACCAAGACCCUGAGGACGUCAAGAUUGUGGAGGCCAUCGAGGCUGAGUUUCACAAGCUCGGUGAGCAGAACGGCUCUGGCAAUGUUGGCAAUAAGAUAACAGUGUCUGUGUAAGAUGCACAGCUGUGUAUCACAACAAAUGUGUAUUGCUGUGAUGAAACUGAUGAUUAUUUUCGGGGUCUGCUUGUUUGCUUGAUCGCCCUGCUGUUGUUCGCGGGUAACAAGUUUAUAGUCGCAGAUCCUUGCAGUUUGGUGCAGGGCUGAGGUAGAAGCAACAAUUGUAUACUAGAUAGACAUAGUCACCUAUUCACAUGUUGUACCCUUUGCAAUGUAUUGUCCUGCAUGGCUGCAUAUGUCAUAUAUCCUCUAACUGGAUGCUAGCAAAUCAUCCUAGUAACUGGAUGCAAAAAUAAUCUUCGGAGUACCACAAUUCAGUAAGAAAUAAAUGGUGCAUCUUUACCUUGC